ACGAGGUUCCUUGAUCCUUGCGCGUUUUUUAUCCGUCCGUGGAGGCCUUUAAACUACACCCACACCCCGAAUCCACAGGACGAGAGACCGACCGACGGAACCCGUCACACUUCGGCGCCAGCGCUCCCGGAAUACCUUCAACCGCAUCUGAUACGGGUCAUGACGCUGGAAGCGAUCCGGUACCGGUCCGGGUCUCUGCAGAUCCUCAACCAGCUGCUGCUGCCGCACGACACCGUGUACGACGAGGUCCGUUCGGUGCAGGACGGAUAUGAGGCCAUCAAGAGUAUGAAGGUGCGCGGCGCUCCCGCUAUCGCCAUCGUGGGGUGCCUGAGUCUGGCGGUGGAGCUGCGGGCGGGCGCCGGGGGCGAUGACCUCGUGUCCUUCAUCAGGGAUUCUCUGUGUCACCUGACAUCCGCUCGACCUACAGCAGUGAACAUGGGCCGAGCCGCCCGUGAGCUGAUGGAGUUCACAGAGAACGAGAGCAUGGAGAAAAACACAGACCAACUGAGAAACAGUGUGAUUGGUUGGAUUGAGGAGAUGCUGGAGCGAGACGUGAACGACAACAAAAAAAUCGGCAACUACGGCGCCCAGCACAUCCUGUCUGGAGUUCCACGAGAUUCGGUUACGAUCCUCACACACUGUAACACCGGGAGCCUCGCCACGGCAGGAUACGGCACAGCUCUUGGAGUGGUGCGGUCCCUGCACACACUGGGCCGUUUGAAGCGUUUGUACUGUACGGAAACGAGGCCCUAUAACCAGGGGGCCAGACUGACGGCAUACGAGGCAGUCGCGGAGGGUUUCCCAGCCACCCUCAUCACAGACAGCAUGGCAGCGCUCGCCAUGAGAGAGAAAGGAAUUACAGCUGUCGUUGUCGGAGCAGACCGGGUUGUUGCCAACGGUGACACGGCAAACAAAGUGGGCACAUAUCAGUUGGCUAUCGUUGCGAAGCAUCACGGGGUCCCGUUUUACGUGGCGGCGCCAAGCACAUCCUGUGAUCUGAGUUUGGAGAGUGGACGUGACAUCGUGAUAGAGGAACGCCCACCUGAGGAGCUCACCAGCAUUAACGGCGUGCCUGUAGCUGCACCUGGUAUUGAGGUGUGGAACCCAUCGUUUGACGUCACUCCUCACCAGCUCAUCACGGGUGGCAUCAUCACUGAGCUGGGCGUGUUCCUCCCGUCUGAACUCCAGGCUGCUCUGACGGGCAGACUCACAGCUCUGUAAGGCCACAGCGCCCCCGCUGGCACGGGUGUAUCAUUGCACCUUUACCACCUCACAGCUCUCUCGUAAUGUUUCACCUCGCUUUGGUGGAAAUCGCACCUUUAAUCACAAACACAAGUGUCAGCACGGAGGUGUUAACAAAUUAUACACAUUCUCGAUUCAAUUCAACACUUACGAAGUGGAAUAACACAGUGUUACAAUUGUACAACCCAGGGAUGCUUGAAAACACAGACACACACACACACACAAACACACACUUUUCUCUCUGUCUGUACAGCUCAUGUGACUUCAUCUCAUGUGUUGGUCUGAAUUGUUGUGAAAACAUCAUUCAUUCUGGGUUUUUUCACUACCCUCGCUACCUUCCCCUCUUUCUGGCAUAGCUCCAGUUUUUAACGGAAAGUGUUUCACAGGGAUUGUAAUGGUGGAUGGACAGUAAAUAGCAUCAUUAAAGGAAUAUUCCAGGUUCAACACAACUUAAGCUUUUUUGGCAGCAUUUGUGGUAUAACGUUGAUCACCACAGACAUUCAUUUUGACUCGUCCCUGGAAGUCUCCUGAGGCAAGCAUUCCAGAAUGUUUAUAAGCAGAAAUUUGAAGCUUAUAUUUUUAUUGAAGAAUUCAUAUAAGUGCUUUAAACAAAAUACAUGUUACUUCACCUAAAAAAAGAAAAAGAACAAAUGUUUAAAUUGUCCUUUUUAGCAGUGGGACUAUUUUUCUUGGUGGAUGAACUUCUGGUUAUAUGUCGGCCACAUUAUCCCUGUGUUUGUAUUUUUCAUUGUGUAAAUACUUCUGUGGUAUUUGACAUUAUGCCACAAAUUUUGGUGAUAAAGCUUAACGGUUGUUCAACUCGGAAAUUGAGAGUAUAGCCCUUACAAAACAUCUAAACUAGCCACAAAUUUGCAUCGAGUUCGCCGCUCGUUAUUUUCACAGGCAAAUGAGCGUUUGAUUCACCAUUCAAAUGUUUGCCAGACGUUUGCCGCUCUUCGCCGGUAGUGGUGAACCUCUGGCAACAAUGGCCGCAAGUUUGCCGCAAAGUUCAUUUGCAUGUGAAAAUUAUCAGUGCCGAUUUUUGCAAGGGAGAAUUUUCUCAAUAUUUCAAAAUAAAAGUCUUUGGUUCAACACAGUUUCCUUGUUUAGUAGUUGUAAAUUUAACUUUAGGUAAAUAAUGUAAUUGAAGAAAGCUUAGCUCGUUUUAAAUAAACAUUGCCCCUCACUAUACACAUGUACGAAUUAUCAUGUUAGCAUAAUGCUAGCAAUUAUGUUAGCAUAGCUGAUCCGAGCACCAUUCCUUUAAUGGGAAGUGCCGAGGAUGAAUAAAUAACACACACUAAGUCAAUAUGUUAUAUUAACAUAUUAGAGAGUUUUGAAACCCACAAUCGAAACUUCUGAAGAUACAGAAAAGACACUUUAAACGCAGAACCGGGUCUUUGGUUUGCGUAAAGACUUCUGGAUCUUUGUUUGAAUCUCAAGAAUCAUGUCUGGGUCGUAUUUCACCCAUAAAAUACAAAUAUUUGGUAACACUUUACAAUAAGGUUGUAUUUGUUGACAUAAGUUAACUACAUUAGUUAACAUUAACAAUCAAUAAUACUUUAAUGGCAAGUAUAAAUCAUGUUUAAUGUUAAUUUCAAAAAAUUUUUAAAUAAAGUUAUAUACAUAAACAUUCGUUAAUGCAUUUUAAACCAACAAUGAUAUUUUCAUAUAUUAACUUUUUAACCAUGAUCAAUAUAUGCUGUGAAUAAUAUUGUUCAUUAUCAUAUCACUAAUGCCUUUACUAAUGCUAACAAAUUCAAUCUUAUGGUAACACUUUACAACAUUAGUUAACAUAAACUACCAUAGAACAAUACUUUUACAGCAUUUAUUAAUCUUAAUUUCAGCAUUUACUAAUACAGUACAUUUUUAAAAUCAAAAGAAUUAACAUGAACUAACAAUGAUCAAUUGCAUUUUUAUUAACUUACAUUAACAAAGAUCAUUAAAUGCUGUAAAAAAAGAUAUUUGUAAUAGUUUUUUCAUGAUAAUGCAUUAAUGUUAAUGAAUGGAAGCUUAUUUUGAAGUGUUACCCAUCUUAUUAAGUUUAACCAAUUAUAUUUAAGAAAAUUAAUUAUUAAUACUGGUUGUGACACUUUCUUGACAUUUAAAAACAAUACUGUUUAAAUUAUUUGGUAAUACUAUAACAAAGUUGUAUUUGUUAAAAUUAGCUACAUUAUUUAACAUGAAUUAAUAAUCAAUAAUACUUUAAUUGCAUGUAUAAAUCUUGGUUAAUGUUAAUUUCAACAUUCUUAUUUUUUUAAAUGUAAAAGUAUCAAAGUUAUAUACAUUUACAUUUGUUAAUACAAUAUGAACCAACAAUUAUAUUUUCAUAAAUUAACAUUUUAACCAAAGAUAUUGUUCAUUUAGUUCAUGAUAUCUUAUGCAUUUAGUAAUGCUAACAAACACAAUCUUAUUAUAAAGUAUAACCAGUGAUAUUUAAGAAACGUAAGUGUAAUUAGGUCAUUUGUUAGGCUCAUUUAUGCCUUUUGCAUUGUGACAUCACAAUCUUGACAAUUAAAAAAAACUGUUUUACAGUAAAUAUUUACUGUAAUAGUGAUUUUUAAAAAUUCAGCACAAAUUAAAUACUACCAUGAUGCACACAUACUUCAAAUGAUAUGCAAUAAUAUAUAUAUAUAUAUAUAUAUAUACAUAUACACACACACACACACAUUUUCACAUUAAAGUGAUGAGUGACAAUUUUUUGCAUUAUGGUUAAGAUAAUUCUCUAAAUUUACCAAUUGCUUUCUUUUGAUUUUGGGGUGAAAUAUGACCCAGAUAUGUUGUUCGUUUAAUGAGAUGAACCUUAUCUAAAGUUUCAUAAGUAAAUGCAGUGUUUGUUGGUUAAAAGAAAGUCAUUUUGACCAGAACUGUUGAUCUACCUUUAACCCUCCUAUGGUUUUGAUAAAAGGCACCCUUUGUUAUUCGCUGUCAUUUUUAACCAGAAGGAUCAGAUGUGUAACCCUUUUAUUUUUUGUUAAUGAUAAUGAUACCAUUUCUUCUCCACUGAAGUAAGAACAAUAAAAUUAUGCAUUUCUUUUUGGAUUUUAUGCUAGUUUGAUCUUAUUUACAUGUAAUGUGUGUGUGUGUGUGUGUGUGUGUGUGUGUUCUGCAUUGUGAGUGUGUUAUCGUCUCACCCCUUCAUUUCUGAGAGUGUGUUUAGCAUCAUGACUAAUUUGUUUUUGGUCUU